AAAAGGGAACAAUUAAAAAAUUUCGUGAAACUGUUCACAAAAAAAUAAGUAAUAAACUUAUCACGUACGGUAUGAAAAGAUGGAAAAAUCGUCAUAAUCGUUUCGUGAAGAUUAGUAAAUUGGUCCCAAAAUAUACUCCAAAACAAAUUGCUUCCCACUGGAAGAAUUAUCUUGAUCCAAGUUUAUGCCUUGAUACUUUGGAGUUUGAAGAAAAAAAGUUUAUUAUUAAAUGGAUUCGAGAACAUCGAACUGUAACUGGAGUCAUUCAUUGGAAAUAUGUAAUUAAAGAUUUAAAAAUUCAAUUUGGUAAGCAACACUCUGAAAACAAGAUCAAAAACUAUUGGAAUUCAAGAAAGAAGAGUUACUUGAGAAAACUUAAAGGACUAAAAGUGAGAAGUAUCAAAACUAAAGAACAAGUUAAAGAACAAGAAAUGACUGGACCCGAAAAACAAGAACAAGAACAAGUGAAAAUUUUGGAUUCUGAAGAAGAUGAACGUAAAUUCAUUUUUCAUCAUGUUAAUUCCGAUGAAUUGCUUAUUCCAAAAAAUCAAAAUGGGUAUUCAAAAAUUUCUAUUUCAUUCCUUUUAAAUUAUGAUAACUAA